AUGGGUGUGAGAGGUUUGCAGGGGUUUGUGGGCAGUACCUGCCCACAUAUAUGUACAGUAGUGAAUUUCAAAGAACUGGCAGAACACCACCGAAACAAGCAUCCUGGAUGUACUCCUACCAUUGUGGUUGACGCCAUGUGUUGUCUCAGAUACUGGUAUACUCCUGAAUCCUGGAUCUGCGGUGGCCAGUGGCGGGAAUACUUUUCUGCUUUGCGGGAUUUUGUUAAGACUUUUACAGCUGUCGGCAUCAAGUUGAUAUUCUUCUUUGAUGGCACGGUGGAGCAGGGUAAGAGAGAUGAAUGGGUGAAACGAAGACUCAAGAACAACAGGGAGAUCUCCAGGAUUUUCCAUUAUAUCAAGUCACACAAGGAGCAACCAGGCAGAAACAUGUUCUUCGUCCCAUCAGGGCUGGCCAUCUUUACACGAUUUGCUUUGAAGACUCUGGGUCAAGAAACCCUGUGUUCCUUACAGGAGGCCGACUAUGAGGUGGCAUCGUAUGGCCUCCAGAAUAACUGUCUUGGGAUUCUUGGAGAAGACACUGACUACUUAAUUUAUGAUACUUGUCCCUACUUUUCAAUUGGUGAUCUCUGCCUGGAGAGUCUCAAUACUGUCAUGCUCUGUAGAGAGAAGCUCUGUGAGAGUCUGGAUAUCAGCCUGGCAGACCUUCCUCUUCUGGCCUGCCUACUUGGCAAUGACAUAAUCCCAGAGGGCAUGUUUGAAAGCUUUCGGUACAAAUGCUUAUCUUCCUAUACCUCUGUAAAGGAGAACUUUGACAAAAAGGGUAAUAUUAUCUUAGCUGUAGCAGACCAUAUAUCUAAAGUUCUUCGCUUACAUCAGGGUGAGAAAAAGCUAGAAGAGAUGUUACCUUUGGGACCAAACAAAGCUCUUUUUUAUAAGGGUGUGGCAUCAUAUCUUUUGCCAGGACAGAUAUCUCCGUGGUUUUUCCAAAAACCCAAGGGUUUAAUAACUUUGGACAAGCAGGUGGUAUCCAUGAAUUCAGACCCUGAAUAUGAGCAAGAAGUUCCCAUGUGUACAGACCCUGAAUCCAAGCAAGGAUUACCUCUAGGGGCAGAUCCUGAAUUUGAGCUAGAAGCACCCAUGUGUACAGACCCUGCAGUUAAACAACAAGACCUCAUGAAUAUGGAGCCUGAAGUCAAACAAGUAACCAUGGUUUCAGACCCCGAAAUCUUAAAGGUUGCUCGAGCACAGCACGUCCAGGCAGAGAGCUACCUGGUGUACAACAUCAUGAGCAGCGGAGAGAUUGAGUGCAGUAACACGUUGGAGGACGCCCUUGACCAAGCUCUGCCCAGCCAGGCUUUUGUUUACCGCCCAGUGCGGCAGCGCGUUUACUCCCUCUUACUGGGGGACGGCAGAGAUGGCACCAGCACCUGCCCCACUGUCAAGGAGUGGUUUGUGUACUCUGGGAACCCACUGAGGCACCCGGACCUCGUCAGGCCUCUGCAGAUGAACAUUCCAGGGGGAACACCUAAUUUGAAAUUAUUGUGGCUGAACCAAGAGCCAGGAAUACAAGGCCGGCGCUUGGAUGCCCUCCUAGGCUGUUUCGACCUUUCCUCCUCAAGAGAAGAGCUGCAGGCGGUAGAAAACCCCUUUAAAGCGUUGUGCUGCCUCUUGAUCUACCUCUUUGUGCAGGUGGACACUCUUUGCCUGGAGGAUCUGCAUGCUUUUAUUGCUCAGGUCUUGUGCCUCCAAGGAAAGUCAACUGUGCAGCUUGCAGACUUGCAGCUUGAUUACAUCGACCCCCGAGCUGUGCAGCUUGCCUCCCUCCUGGUCCGUGGCCUCACCACUCUGGUCUUGGUCAACAGCGCGUGCGGCUUCCCCUGGAGGAUGAGUGACUUCAUGCCCUGGAAUGUAUUUGACGGGAAGCUGUUUCAUCAGAAGUACCUGCAGGCGGAGAAAGGGUAUACCGUGGAGGCUCUCGUGGAACAAAAUAGGUCCCGGCUGACCAAGUUCCACACACUGAAGUCGGUCGUGUGCAAGGCGUGCGUGAAGGAGAACAGACGCAUCAUCAGCAGGCAGCUUUGGCGCUCACACCAGCCAGGAAAUAGACAGUAUGAGCCUGACCAUUGGAGAAGAUACUCAUCCUCUUCUGGGUAA